UGUGUCUUUGUUCCUUUGAGGAGUUCCUUCGGCCAUCAAAACAAACAUUCACUGUAUCUAAUGUCAGUGAACGCAACACUUGUUUACAUUUAAUAUCAGCCUGCAGUAUCAUCAUGACACUGAAAUCAUGUUGCAUUUACAGCAUUGGAGUUUUUUCUAUACUAAUUUUGAUCCUGGGUAUUUCUUUGAACUUGUCUAACGUGUUUCCUCACUUUCUACAGUCGGUGGUCGAAAAGGAAAUAGUUUUGAAGAAUGGUACAGCUGCAUUCAAGGCCUGGGAGAAUCCACCAGCCCCUAUUUACAUGCAGUUUUACUUCUUUAAUGUGACCAAUCCCAUGGAGGUGUUGGAUGGGGAUAGGCCUGCUGUGGUGGAGGUUGGACCAUAUACAUACAGAGAGUACCGGCCCAUGGAGCAGGUCAACUUCAACAGUAAUGGCACUAAAGUUGGGGCUGUCAACACUAAAACGUACAUAUUUGAGCGAAACAUGUCCCGAGGUCCGGAGAGCGAGCUCAUCAGGACCGUCAACGUCCCUGCAGUGUCGGUGAUGGACAAAUUCAAGGACGAUUCUGUUGUAUCCAACCUGAUCUCCUCCUACAUGAGAUCCACCGACACGGGCCUGUUCACCACCCGCACAGUGGGUCAGCUGCUGUGGGGAUACGAAGACAGUCUGCUGAAAGCCCUCAAAGCUUUCGAACCGGAUCUAGAUGAUAUUUUUGGACUUUUCUAUAAGGCCAACGCGAGCAACGAUGGUGACUAUGUUUUCUUCACUGGCCAGGAAAACUACAAGGACUUUGCUCGAGUGGAUACGUGGAAAGGUGAAAGCAAUUUAAGUUGGUGGACAACUGACGAGUGCAAUAUGAUCAAUGGAACCAACGGAGCAUCUUUCCACCCAGUCAUCAACAAGGAUGAGACUCUCUAUAUGUUCUCCUCCGACCUCUGCAGGUCUCUGUACGCUGUGUUCGAGGAGGACGUGUCAGUGCAGGGGAUCCCCGGGUAUCGCUUCAGUCCCCCUAGCGAGGUCUUUGCCAAUAUGACCCUGAACCCAGCCAACACGGGCUUCUGUGUCCCUACAGGGAACUGCAUGGGCUCUGGUGUGUUGAAUGUCAGCGUCUGUAAACAAGGAGCCCCCAUCAUCAUGUCGUCACCACACUUCUACCAGGCAGAUGAGAAAUUUGUUGAAGAUGUGUUUGGCAUGAGGCCGAUCAAGGAGCUGCACCAGACUGCAAUUGAUGUCCACCCGCUUACAGGAAUUGUCCUGCAAGCAGCAAAACGGCUUCAGAUCAACGUCUAUGUAGAGAAAUUAUCCACCUUCAGUCAAACAGGAAACGUGAGGACAGUGGUCUUUCCGGUGCUUUAUCUCAAUGAGAGCGUUGUCAUCGACGACACAUCGGCUAAAGUGUUGAAGUCAAUUGUUACCCAGGAGAAUGUUGUGGACAACAUCCCGUUCAUGCUGGUUGGUGUCGGCAUCAUUCUGGGCGUGGUCUUCAUGUUCCUGAUGUGUCGGCAGAAAAUCCCUGAGAGCACUACAGAUGAGCGUCAGCCCCUUCUGUCAUCGUAGCACCAAUCAGAAAGUGAAAGGACGAGAACAUGUUUUCAGUAUCAUUCAACAUUUCACAAAAAAAAAAAAUCCG